CAGGCAGCAGCCGCGUCAGGGCCGUCCGGGGGCGCCGCCGGCGAUGCCCGCAGCCCCCGCCGCGCCCCGCCGGGCCUGCUGAGCCGCCCCCGGGCCGGGGCCGCGCCGGGUCGGGCCGGGCCGCGCCCGGGCGGAGCCGUGCUGCCUGCAUGACCCUCCGGCGGCGCGGGGAGAAGGCGACCAUCAGCAUCCAGGAGCAUAUGGCCAUCGACGUGUGCCCCGGCCCCAUCCGGCCCAUCAAACAGAUCUCCGACUACUUCCCCCGCUUCCCGCGGGGCCUGCCCCCGGACGCCGGGCCCCGCGCCGCGGCGCCCCCGGACGCCCCCGCGCGCCCCGCGGCGGCCAGCGCUGGCCGCCGCAGCCCCUCCGACGGCGCCCGCGACGACGACGAGGAUGUCGAUCAGCUCUUUGGAGCCUACGGCUCCAGCCCCGGCCCCGGCCCCGGCCCGGCCCCCAGCCCGGGGCGGCCGCCCGCGAAGCCACCCGAGGAAGAGCUGGACGCCGACGGCUACGAGUCCGACGACUGCACCGCCCUGGGCACGCUGGACUUCAGCCUGCUCUACGACCAGGAGAACAACGCCCUGCACUGCACCAUCGCCAAGGCCAAGGGCCUGAAGCCGAUGGACCACAAUGGGCUGGCAGACCCGUAUGUCAAGCUGCACCUGCUGCCAGGAGCCAGUAAGGCGAAUAAGCUCAGAACGAAAACUCUCCGAAACACUCUGAACCCCACGUGGAACGAGACCCUCACUUACUACGGGAUCACAGACGAAGACAUGAUCCGAAAGACCCUGCGGAUCUCCGUGUGUGAUGAGGACAAAUUCCGCCACAACGAGUUCAUCGGGGAGACCAGGGUGCCCCUGAAGAAGCUGAAGCCCAACCACACCAAGACGUUCAGCAUCUGCCUGGAGAAGCAGCUGCCGGUGGACAAGACAGAAGACAAGUCCCUGGAGGAGCGGGGCCGCAUCCUCGUCUCCCUCAAGUACAGCUCGCAGAAGCAGGGCCUGCUGGUCGGCAUCGUGCGCUGUGCCCACCUGGCCGCCAUGGACGCCAACGGCUACUCAGACCCCUACGUGAAAACAUACCUGAAGCCAGAUGUGGACAAGAAAUCCAAACACAAGACAGCGGUGAAGAAGAAAACCCUGAACCCAGAGUUCAAUGAGGAAUUCUGUUAUGAGAUUAAGCAUGGGGACCUGGCCAAGAAGACCCUGGAGAUCACCGUCUGGGAUUACGACAUUGGAAAAUCCAACGAUUUCAUUGGUGGCGUGGUUCUGGGCAUCAACGCCAAGGGAGAGCGCCUGAAGCACUGGUUUGACUGCCUGAAGAACAAGGACAAGAGGAUAGAGCGCUGGCACACACUCACCAACGAGCUCCCGGGGGCUGUGCUCAGCGACUGACCCGCCCCGCCCGCCUGCCUGCCGCCUGGCCCAGCGCAGGCCUGGCCCUGGGCUUCCUCGCUGCUGCUCAGGGCCUCGGCCCCCGUGUUGGGGGAGAUCCAGGACACCUGCUUGGACACAGAGCCACUGCAGCCCCUCCGAGGGAUGGUGGGGGCGGUGAGCUGGGCCUGCUUUCCGCCCCCUGAGGCCCAAGAGGGCUGGGUGGAAGAAGAGGACCUCAGUCCCCACCCGGAGGAAGCAGAUGGGGCCAUCCAGAGGACAAGGACCCUACAGAGGUCAGCAGUGAGUUGGAGGGAACCCCAGGCUGAGGGGCAGUGGGGAAGGAGAUUUUGGGUAGGACAGGACUCUGAAGAAAGUCCAUUCCCUAAAGGAGGUUCUGACUUUGGCUCUGGCACGACUGGGAGGGUAGAAAAAGUUCACCCGAGAGCCAGGAGUCUGGUGAAGAUCCUGGAGCUCCCCAUGAACAUGGGCAAAGGCCAAGGGCUUUACUCAGUGAUUCUGCAGGCCCCUGGGGAAGAAUGAGACCCAGAGCCUGCCCUCAGGGAGGUCCCCGUCUAGUUAUGGAGCUCAAAACAAACCCUUACAACAGGGGUAUAAGGAAUGCCAAGGCCAGCCUGACCUACCUACACAUUCUGUGGACUCCGCUGGGAGGGCUUCCUGGAGGAAGUGAUGUUUCAGCAAGACCUUGAAGAGUGAGUGGAGAUUCUAGGCAGACAAAGGAGGAAGGGCACUGGAAACGGUGUCCAAGGCCUGGAGAGGAAAGAUGAUUUGGGCCAGGGAGAAACUGCCUGGACCCAGGGUCUCUCUCAGGAGGGUGGGGGGAGAGGCAGGGUUUGUUAGGAGUGAGGCAGGGGCACCCAGCCCUCCCCCACCCCACCCCUAGCUGUCAGGCCAACUGGGCUUGUAGCCAUGGGAGGAGUGGCUUAAACUGAUGUUGAUGCAGGGUCAAGUUCAGUUCUCAGACCCAGCUCUCCCACCUUUGAUCUUUCUCCUCCUGAGGAAGCUGGAGGAUGGAUCCGGCUUCUCGUUGUUCCCAGCUUAAGCAUCAGGUCAGCUGUGGUCAGGAAGAGUGUGUCACUUCUUCGCAUGAAAAAAACCAAAAGGCCUCCUUGUCCUCACCCUCCGCUCCCUGCCUUCCUCCACCCUCCCCAUCCCAGGCUCUUCCUCCUCGGUUCAGGGCUGGAAAGCAGGGAGCCUCCCGCAGCUGUGUCUGCAUCCAUUCCCUACUGAGAUCCCCCUUAGUACUCAGCAGCAUCCAGGGCCUUGUUUCUGGGAAUAGCUGGCUUUGUCCUCCAGGAGCUGAGAGCCACUUUGCACCCUGGGUCAGGGUCUCCAGGAAGGGAUUGAGGGCAUCAAGACUCUGGGGCCCAGGCCUGAAGCCCCCACCUCUUCCUGCUGACUAAGGGGUCUUCAGGAACCCUGGAUGAACAAAUGCAGAAACCAGGAAUUUCUGUGUUCAGCCUAUCCCUGCACUGACGGAAAACAGAGCUCAGAGAGGGAAAGUGAUCUGCCUGAGGCCUUCCAGGUUCCCUGCCCCACCCCCGGCCCAGAGCUCUGACACCACACCCACAGCACCGCUAGUACACAGCUCACGGGGCGCUGGGCUGGACCCUCUGCUGCAGACACAAAGCACAUCACCAUCUGAGGCCCGGGGGCAGGCGAUGAUAUGAAUCCCACCAAGUGCCCAUCAGCCUGUUUUCAUUUUCCAGGGAAAACAGGACUCCAGACCCCACACAGUACCUGGCAACCUUGGCUGGUCACAGAGUCUUGCUUUUGCCUCUCUCAGAAGGCUUGGUGCAUGGUGAGGGCUUCUACAGGCCAUGUCUUGAUGAAUCGUCACAGGCCUGGGAGAUGGGUUUAACUGCCAUCUCCAUUUGACAGAUGAGGAAGCAGAUUCAGAGGCAGAGUCUGAUUUUUGAGGAGCCUUGUGUCUGGGUUAACUCGGGCUGUCUUCUUAGCAUUGCCUUUGGGGGGGGCUCUCUCAUUCAGAGAGGAGCUUCACAGACUCCCUAUAAACACAUGGAGAUGCUGAAUGGCCAAGUUAGACGCAUACUAGAGCUUCACCCAGUACAACUUCCUUGUUAGACACACGGGGAAACCAAGGACCCGCAAGAAGAAGGGGCCUAUUCAGGACGCACUUGGGAUAAGAGCCCAGGACACCGGGCGCCUAGUCCAAGGCCUUCCAACGCCGUGGGCUGUGCAAGUGCAGACUUGGUCCAGAAAAAUGGUCCCUGAGGACUACAGGGACAGUCAGGCUGGAGGUGGGGCUUCAGGACAGCUGGCCCAGGCCGAGGAUUGGGCUCCUGGGCAGGAGGCCUUCCAGGGAGACAGAACCUUCCCUAGGACCCUGGAUCUGUUCUGGACCCCUUACAGCUUGUAUCUCUGUUAGAGACAAAGUGCUUUGAGAAGCUGCGGUAUCAGCUCUGCCUUUGACCCCAAACUGGCUUUCCUCUGCUCUAUCAGCCCCACAAAAACAGGGAAUUCGACGC